GAAUUAGUUAUUUAAUAACUGUUAAGCCCAUUUUGUUACAAUUUCGUUGAGCUAUAUAACAUUUAUAUCGAUGAAAAAGUUAAAAGAAUUAUGUUGAUCUUUUCAAAUUGAUGAGCAUACAUAUAUUGAAAAUGGUUUAUUAAUUUUUAAUGAAACGAGCAAUUUAAAGAUUAAAUAAGCACUUCAAGACAUAAUAACCAUCCUUUAAGUAAUAGUUAGUUUACUAUGGUAGUUGAAAACCUAACAAAUCGAAUCAUUUGAAAUACUUUAUUUACCAAACUAAGGACCAAUCGUUCCUUUGAGUGAUGAACCUUUAACUUUAAAUAAUAUCCUCCGUAAAAAUGAUUUUUGUAAACUUAUUCUGAAUAACGUGAAAUAUAGUGAUCAGAUUAUGACAAUUGAAUGUGCAGAAAUGAUUAUAAUAGGGUAUGAGUAGGCAGAGAAGUUGGAAAUUGGAAUCUCCACCGAACGGCGGCAGUCUUUGCCUUCGGCUCAGUGGAUCAAGAUGUGCAAGGUUGUGGGUCUGUGUUGCGGCCUCCUGUCCCUCGGCGCCUUUAUCUCAUGCUUUGUGGCCCUGCACAUGCUCAACAAGAUCAUCCACAUCCAGCUGGACGCCGUUGUUCAUGUGAGCAUUAAAUUGAAGGCCGAAGAAGACUCGGGCGUGCGCUGUCAAAAGACACUGAUCGUGGACAAUCUGGAUGCACCUCAUCUAAGCUGGUUGGAGCUCUUCUACCUGCGCUGGACGGUAGUGUUUACGCUGCUCUACUCCUUCGCCGCAUCCCUCCUCAUCCGGGCCAAAUACUUGGGCAACUUUGAGAUCAGCCGCUCCACCUCCAAUGUGAUGAUAUUGAUGGGAUCUCUGCUGUCAAUGACUCUGCUGGUGGCUACCGUUGUGCUCCAUCAGCGAGAGCCCUUCAUGGAUCUGUGGUGCAACCUCUUUAUCGUCUACCACCUGUACUACAUCGUCCUGACCACCGCCAUGUCAGUGGUUUUCUUCCUGGCCCACUCCUGCCAGGAAAACCUGGAGCUGCAUCGCCCACAGCCAUCUUUAAAGUACUAGGACAAACUAGUGAACCAGCUUAAAAUCAACCAUUUGUUUUGUAAUAUUUGAAAAGAUUCUCUUUUAUUUUAAAAAUAGAAUCCCAAUUAAACUCUUAACUUUUCAUUAACCAUGAUAUCUUGAAAAUCCAUGUAUGAAUCUGUCUACGGUAUAGGUACAACCUGGAGAACCAGUGUAAAAAUAAAAAAUAUUCUUUUAUUUAAAAAGUAUAAUCCCAAUUAAGCCCCUAACAUCUUCAUAAACCAGGGUGACUAUAAAACCCUAACAUCUACAGCAUACAAAAUGUUCUGACUUAUCCCUUCUGCAGUUUAUUAACCACCUUACUAUUUUUCAUAGCCCCUACUCAUAACUAUUUCAAAAAUAAAUAUUUAAAACAUGGCAUUUCACAUUAAUUUGUAUCUUCACAAUGAUUAUAUAUCAUUGUUUAUAAAUAUAGCUUUCCUAAGACCCAUUGAUAAUAUGAUCCGUAACCCAACCAAUAAAA